AUGACGACUCUCCGACCAUUCGAUGUGGACGAUAUGUUCAAGUUCAACAAUGUCAACUUGGACAUCAAUACGGAAACAUACGGUUUCCAAUUCUACUUGCACUACAUGAUCAAUUUCCCGGAAUAUUAUCAGGUUGCCGAGCAUCCAAAUGGGCAAAUCAUGGCCUACGUUAUGGGAAAGAUCGAAGGACGCGAUACCAACUGGCACGGGCAUGUUACAGCUCUCUCCGUCGCAGCAGACUACCGUCGACUUGGACUCGCUGCUUACAUGAUGGAAUACUUGGAGAAGACUUCUGAAGCACGAAACGCGUAUUUUGUCGAUCUCUUCGUGCGUGUUUCCAACACCGUCGCCAUCGAACUAUACAAGAAACUUGGCUACGUUGUCUAUCGACAAAUUUUAGGAUAUUACACUGGAGAGCGAGACGAAGAUGCCUAUGAUAUGCGAAAAUCUCUGUCACGUGAUCCUGAAAAGAAGGCGAUGGUCCCUUUAUCACAUCCGGUGCACAGUCGAGAUGUGGAUUAA